AUGGCCCCCGCUCACCUACGGCAUCCGCCGCAGGCCCCGCCUAUCUUCACGGCCACCCCUCAGUCCCUCGUAUCUGACGCCGAGCGAAUCAUCAAGACAUCCCGCACUAUCCAGGACAAGGUCGUCGCUGAGAUCAAGCCCGAGGCCGCCACUUUUGCCAACGUGCUGCGGCCGCUUGCCCAAGAUGAGAACGUCAUGGCCCUCGAGGCCCACAUAAUGGGCUUCUAUCAGGCCGUCUCGACAGACCAGAAGCUUCGGGAUGCAUCCUCCAAAGCCGAGGAACUUAUGGAUGAGUUCUUUAUCGAGUCCGCGAUGCGCGAGGACGUCUACAAGCUCGUCGAUGCUGCCCUGAACAAGAAGGAGUCACUUGACCCCGAGUCCCAGCGUCUCCUGGAGAAGGAGCACAAGGACUUUAUCAGAAAUGGAUUGAGCUUGCCUGCUGGCCCGCAGCGUGGUCGGUUCAAGGAGAUCAAGAAGCGGCUGAGUCAGCUCAGUAUUGAGUUCCAGAAGAACUUGAACGAGGAGAACGGCGGAAUCUGGUUCACCGAGGAGCAGCUGGACGGCGUGCCGGAAGAUGUCCUCUCUUCGCUGAAGAAGGGAGAUGGCGAGAACGCUGGCAAGCUGUGGUUGACCUUCAAGUACCCGGAUCUGUUCCCCACCAUGAAGUAUGCUACCAACCCCGAGACCCGUAAGCAGGUAAUGGUUGCCAACGAGAACAAGUGCAACCAGAACGUACCUCUGUUCCGUGAGGCCGUUAUUCUACGUGAUGAGGCGGCUCGUCUGCUGGGAUACCCCAAUCACGCUGCCUUCCGCAUUGAAGACAAGAUGGCCAAGACUCCCGAGACUGUUGAUACCUUCUUGGGUGAUCUUCGCACCCGAUUGACUGCCGGUGGAAAGAAGGAGAUUGAGGCUCUGAUGAAGCUGAAGCAGGAGCACGACCCGAAGUCGGAUGGUCGGUACUAUCUGUGGGACCACCGAUUCUAUGAUCGCUUGAUGUUGGAGCGAGACUACCAGCUCGACCACCAGCUCAUUGCUGAAUACUUCCCCCUUCAGACUACUAUUGAGGGAAUGCUGAAGAUCUUCGAGGAGCUCUUCGGUCUUGAGUUUGUUGAGAUUGUUGGUGAGGAUCGUGCUGCCAUUGCCCCCACGGGUAAGGGCAAUGACAUUGUCUGGCACGAGGAUGUGCAGGUGUUUAGUGUGUGGAACGAUGAGGGCGAGGGCAGUGAUUUCGUCGGAUACUUGUAUCUUGACCUGUUCCCCCGUGAGGGCAAGUAUGGCCACGCCGCCAACUUUAACCUGCAGCCGGGCUUCAUCGAUGCUGAAGGCAACCGCCGCUUCCCCGCCACCGCCCUGGUGUGCAACUUCACCAAGCCCAACGAGAAGAAGCCCAGUCUUCUCAAGCACGACGAAGUGGUAACCCUCUUCCACGAACUGGGCCACGGUAUCCACGACCUCGUCUCCCGCACGAUCUACUCCCGCUUCCACGGCACCAGCACAGUACGGGACUUUGUUGAAGCACCCAGCCAAAUGCUCGAGAACUGGUGCUGGACCCCCUCCCAACUCCGCUCCUUGAGCCGCCACUACUCCACCCUGUCCCCUGAAUACCUUGCCGGCUGGCAAGAAGCGUCCCAAAAGCGCAGCGGCGGCAAGACAGCUACCGCGCCGCCUUCAGAGCGUAUUCCCGACGAGGUAAUCGGCAACCUUAUCCGCACAAAGCACGUCAACGACGCACUUUUCAACCUCCGUCAACUCCACUUUGGAAUCUUCGACAUGACCGUGCACGAGCCCGCCAGCCACGCCGACAUCCAAGCCCUCCCCAUCUCAGGAACAUACAAUUCCUUCCGCCAGGAAAUUACUCAAAUGGACGGUCUGGAGGCCCUCGGCGCCGGCAACGAGUGGGGCCACGGCGAAGCUACCUUUGGCCAUCUGAUCGGUGGGUAUGAUGCCGGUUACUACGGGUACCUUAGUUCGCAGGUGUACUCGACGGAUAUGUUCUACACUGUGUUCAAGGAUGAUCCCAUGAACAAGGCUGCUGGACGGCGCUACCGCUACCAGGUUCUUGAGAAGGGUGGUUCUCAAGAUGAAAUGACGACGCUGACUGAGUUCUUGGGUCGUCCGCCUAUGACUGAUGCUUUCUACAAGGAUAUGGGGUUGGCGUAG